CUCUAGCUCUGAAACUGCCACUUGUUACAUUUUAUGCUGAUGGAGCGAAAUCUGAAAUUGUGAAGCAUCAUGCAUUCGAGAGGUUCUUCUAAUAUUAAGAAUAAGUCUGAACAUGAAGAUCAAAGUCAUGGAGGCUACAUGUCUGAGAAGGUACGAAAACUCGAGGAACAGUUUCGAGGUGAUGCACCUACAAAUAAAGAGAAAUCGGGAACGUCGACGGACAUUUUCCGCGGGGUCACUAUCCAUGUGAACGGUUACACAGAUCCUUCGUCAGAUGAACUGAAGCGACUCAUGACGAUACAUGGUGGGAUGUACCAGCAUUACUACUCUGUGUCAAGGGUCACGCACAUCAUUGCUACUAAUCUGCCCUAUGCAAAAUUAAGACAGUUGAAAACUGAGAAGAUUGUGAAGCCAGACUGGAUAACAAACAGUAUCGAGGCUGGUCGCCUGCUUCCUUCCUUACCCUAUGAGCUGUACACAGACAGGUCUUCACGGCAAAACCAAGCAGUCCUGCAGUUUUCCAAAGGACCAGGGGUCAAACCCGAUGCUCCAAGUAUUCCAGCACCUAUCCCUAAAGCAGCUCCAGAGAAAGGAGGAAGUGAUGAUGUCUCUCAAGAACAGGAAGAUGAUGAAGGAUCUACACUUUCAAAAGCAGACAAGAGUCUUGCCGCAGUGGAUGCAAAUGUCCAGGGCAGAGCCAAUAGAUCGUUUGGCAUUGCCACAGCGGGGGACUCCAACUUCCUCUCGGAGUUUUACAGCAACUCCCGGCUGCAUUACAUAUCCACAUGGGGAGCGGAGUGCAAGGCCUAUGUUAAUGCACUCCAGAGCAACGGAGAUGCCACGUUUCCAGGAAGGCAGAGGCUCCUAGCCAUCAUGAAAGAAGGAAAGAGCCAAAGACAGGCAAAGAAAUGUGAACUUGGAGUGGUUGGUACAGAGGAUGAUGAUCGAGACUGGAGUGAGGAUGCCAUGAUAGAUCCCAAAGAAAGUGAACACCGGGCAACAGGUUCAUCAAAGACCACAAAAGGAAAAGAGAAGAUGAGAAGGAUCAUGCAUAUUGACAUGGACUGUUUCUUUGUAUCGGUUGGACUGAUCAAGCGACCUGACCUUGUUGACAAGCCUGUGGCAGUGACACACUCCAAAGGACAGAGUGGCAUGUCUGAACAUAGACAAGAAAUCAGUCAGUUUGAGCGCGAGUACUAUGAGAAGAAGUAUGGGUCUGAAGCCGCACGCCAGAACCACAAGGAGGAUCAGAGCAACAGUUCUUCAGAUGCCAAAGUGACAGGUACAGGUACAGCAGGAGGCGCAUCAUCGUCUUCGUCCAGUGGCAAACCUAAGGAAACCUUCCACUCAAUGGCUGAGAUUGCGUCUUGUAACUACGUAGCUAGGAAGGCGGGCGUGAAGAAUGGUAUGUUCAUGGGGAGGGCCAAGUCGCUGUGCCCUGAACUCCAGACGAUUCCCUACGACUUUGACGGCUACAAGAGAGUCUCACAGAAACUGUAUGACAUCGUUGCCAGCUACACGCAUGACAUUGAGGCAGUGAGCUGUGAUGAAAUGUUUGUUGACAUCUCGGGGAUCUUGAGAGACACCAAAGCCUCUGCUGAAGAGUUUGUUCAGAUGCUGAGGAAGGAGAUCAAGGAUCAAACGCAGUGCAAUGCCUCGGCAGGAAUAGCAUCCAACAUCCUUCUUGCCAGAAUGGCUACCCGAGUGGCCAAACCCAAUGGACAGUUCAUCGUAGAGCCUCAUGCUGCAGAUGCAUUCAUCCGGACCCAACCAGUCAAAGACUUGCCAGGGGUUGGGCGUUCUACAACUCGCAAGAUGGAGACCUUGGACAUCAAGACCUGUGCUGACCUACAGCAGCUGUCCUUGGGAGCCGUACAGAAGGAGUUUGGACAGAAGACCGGUCAGUUGCUCUACGGAUUCUGCCGUGGGCUGGAUGAUCGACCGAUACGACAGGAGCAGGAGAGGAAAUCUGUAUCGGCAGAGGUCAACUAUGGCAUCCGAUUCAAGCAGGAAAGUGACUCAGAGAAGUUCAUCACAGAGCUGGCAGCAGAGGUCCACAAGAGACUUACAGCAAUCAAGAUGCUUGCCAGGACUAUUACUAUCAAACUAAAGGUUCGUCAUCCUGAUGCCCCCAAAGAAACUUCAAAGUUCAUGGGUCAUGGCAUAUGCGAGGACAAGGCAAGGUCAUGUACCCUGGGCCAAGCUACGGAGGAUGUCCAGGUGAUCCAGAAAGAGAGCAAGAAUCUUCUGAAAGAAUUACAGGUCCCAGCUGUAGAUAUGAGAGGGGUUGGAAUUCAGCUCAGUAAGCUCAGCUCGUCUGCUCAAGCCGGAACCCUUCCCAGCAAAUCCAUUACAGCCUUCAUGACAAAACCCAAGCCUGCUGACAUCGCACCUGACCCUGUCGAAAGCACUCAUAGAGAUACAGAUCAGUCCACUAGCCUAUCAUCAGCAUCAACUGCCCCAUCAGGGUCCAAACCUAAAGUGAGAACUAUGCUCAAUUUUGUGUCCAAGAGGCGAGCAGAUGCUGAAACUUCUGCAGAUGCUGAGGUUUCAGCGGUUGAUGUUAUUAAGGACUCUACUUCAAAGACACCACGGAAGAAGAGGAAAUCCAUCCUUCCCCCUCUACCGUUCAUUCCUGGUCCAAAGGACCUGCAGUCGAGCCGUCUGUCCGGCCAUCUUGCCCUUCCGUCCCCCUCUCAGAUUGAUAUGUCAGUACUUCAAGAACUUCCAAAGGACCUGCAGGAACAAAUCCUAGAGAGUUACAGGGGUCAGAAAUCAAAACAUUCAGCAAGUAAAGACACAUCCGAACCAAGCACAUCAUCUGGCAUCACAGAUUCAAGUAGGUGGGACCAAGGUGUGGUCGGGUCGGUACCACCUCGUAUCUUAGAAGAACUGAUGCAGGAUGAUCCUAACCAGGGAACAUCAUCAUUAGGUGUAGUGGAAGCUCUUCCGUCCUUCUCUCAGAUUGAUCCAUCAUGCCUCGAGGCACUACCGGCCGAGCUUCAAGAGGAACUAAGAUCUGCUUACCGAGGAAAGCAGACACAGGCUCACCAUGAGCUCGAACCCGAGAAAGAGACCAGGAAGAUGGAGACUAGACCCGAGACCGCAUCCCCCGCUAAAGAGAGUCCAGGGAAGAGCCCAUUCAAGAUCAGGAAGAGGGGGAGACCACGGAAAGGAAGUCCUUCCAGCAAAGCCAACAACCCCAAGAGACCUAGAUGGCAGAUGGGCAUCCAACAAAUCAUCACCCGCAUCCAGACUCCACCCAAACUCUCUUCCGGAGACGGUAGGCAGGCUGAGGAGGCACGGUUGCCUAGCGACAGCAUUCCUCAGCACCUUAGGAAUGAGGAGAGCAAUCCACAAGAAGAAAGGAAUAAAAUUGAGGAGGAGUUGGAUGGAAUGGAGAGAGAGAUUGAAGAGGAGGAUGUUAAUCUUUGUGGUGCUGUUCAUCUGUGGGAUGUGAAGGUGCUCUUGAAGGAAUGGAUUGCAUCAACAGAUGACCCAGUGGAUGAGGAUAUAGGCUUCAUCGUUCAGUACUUGAGGGAGCUGAUUUUGGACAAGAACCUGGAAAUGGUCGACCAUGUCAUGAGGAGUCUUGUAAGAUCGGUGAAGAGAGGAGGAUCAAGCCCAUGGCUGGAGGCGGUUGACAUGGUGAUAGCCAGGGUACAACACACCUUGGGUCAAAUCUACAGCGCUCAUCUCAAGAUGGCCCCAUCGUCAUGAAGAAACAGCUCGUCCAGGAGAUGAUGAUGCAGGCCUACCUCGAUCAACCUGACUGAAUCACAGACCACGUAAGCACUGUGUCUGAAUGAUCCACGAUGCAACUUCAGGUCGAGCUAAGUCCUCACUAGGGCCAACUUAGCCUCACAUGGCAUUUGGUCUUCUCACUAGGGCCAACUUAGCCUCACAUGGCAUUUGGUCUUCUCACUAGAGCCAACUUAGCCUCACAUGGCGA